CAGCGCGGGCGUCGCGCGCGGCCUCAAGACGCCGCACCUUUCUGCCCCUCACUUUUUUUUUUUUAAAUAACCGGAACCAAUGAACGUAGCCGGGACCCGAGCUCCAGAGGCCGCCGGUGCCCAGGGGACCAGGCUGGCGCCCCGUAGGGAGCAGAGGCGGGGGCGGCCCGAGGAGUCGCCGGCGGCGGCGGCGGCGACGGUGGCGCUUCUCGAAGCCGGCGGGUGGCCGGCGGUGCCGGCGGCGUCGCGCUCUCCCGGCGCUCCUCAUCCUGCCCCGGCCUCGGGCUGGCCGCGGCCCCGGCGGCGGCGCUGGGCUGCGCUGCUGCUGCUCGGGCUGCUGGUGGCCGGAGCGGCGGACGGAUGCGAGCUGGGGCCGAGGCACCUCCGCGGGCGGCGGGCGGCGGGCUCCGCCGGGGCAGGCACCACUUCUCUCUCUGCGGCGGCGGCGGGCGAGAGCUCGACGCUCCUGACAGAUCCCUGCAUGACACUGAGUCCACCGUGCUUCACGGAAGAAGACAGAUUUAGUCUGGAAGCUCUUCAGAUGAUACACAAACAGAUGGAUGAUGACAAGGAUGGUGGAAUUGAAGUAGAUGAAAGUGAUGAAUUUAUCAGAGAAGAUAUGAAAUACAAGGAUGCUACAAAUAAACACAGCCAUCUGCAUAGAGAGGACAAGCACAUAACUGUGGAAGAUUUAUGGAAACAGUGGAAAACAUCAGAAGUUCAUAAUUGGACCCUUGAGGAUACACUUCAGUGGUUGAUAGAAUUUGUUGAACUACCACAGUAUGAGAAGAACUUUAGAGACAAUAAUGUCAAAGGAACAACACUUCCCAGGAUAGCAGUGCAUGAACAUUCAUUUAUGAUCUCCCAGUUGAAGAUCAGCGACCGGAGCCACCGACAAAAAUUACAGCUCAAGGCACUGGAUGUGGUUUUGUUUGGACCUCUUACACGCCCCCCUCAUAACUGGAUGAAGGAUUUCAUCCUCACAGUUUCUAUAGUGAUUGGUGUUGGAGGGUGCUGGUUUGCUUAUACACAGAAUAAGACGUCGAAAGAACAUGUUGCAAAAAUGAUGAAAGACUUAGAGAGUCUGCAAACUGCAGAGCAAAGUCUCAUGGACUUACAGGAAAGGCUUGAAAAGGCGCAAGAAGAAAACAGGAAUGUGGCUGUGGAGAAGCAAAAUCUGGAGCGCAAAAUGAUGGAUGAAAUCAACUAUGCCAAGGAAGAGGCCUGCAGGCUGAGGGAGCUGAGGGAGGGAGCCGAGUGUGAGCUGAGUCGGCGCCAGUAUGCAGAGCAGGAGCUCGAGCAGCAGGAGCCCAACCAACCGCUUGAUCACCUGCUGCCUCCGGGGGUACGUGUUGGUAGAAAGAUGGAAUCAGAAGUAGAGGUUCGCAUGGCCCUAAAAAAGGCUGAAAAAGAAUUUGAGCUGAGAAGCAGCUGGUCUGUUCCAGACGCUCUUCAGAAGUGGCUGCAGUUAACACAUGAGGUGGAAGUCCAGUACUACAAUAUUAAAAGGCAGAAUGCAGAAAUGCAGUUAGCUAUUGCUAAGGAUGAGGCAGAAAAAAUUAAAAAGAAGAGAAACUCUGUGUUUGGGACUCUCCACGUGGCGCACAGCUCCUCCCUAGAUGAAGUAGACCACAAGAUUCUGGAAGCAAAGAAAGCUCUGUCUGAGUUGACAACUUGUUUGCGAGAACGGCUUUUUCGCUGGCAACAGAUUGAGAAGAUCUGUGGCUUUCAGAUAGCCCAUAACUCGGGGCUGCCCAGCCUGACCUCUUCCCUCUAUUCAGACCACAGCUGGGUCGUCAUGCCCAGAGUCUCCAUUCCACCCUACCCGAUUGCUGGAGGAGUCGAUGACUUGGACGAAGACACACCCCCAAUCGUGUCGCAGUUUCCUGGGACCAUGACUAAAUCCACUAGCUCACUGAACAGAAGAGGCAGCUUGUGUCGCUCUCGUCGCAGCAUAGUGCCCAGCUCGCCGCAGACUCAGCGGGCUCAGCUUGCUCCGCAGGCGCCUGCCCCCGCUCUCCCCCGGCCUGCGCACCUUCCCCAGCACGCACAGCACUCGCUGCCCUCCCCCGACCCAGACAUCCUCUCCGUGUCAAGCUGCCCUGCGCUGUACCGGAACGAGGAGGAGGAGGAGGCCAUUUACUUUUCUGCUGAGAAGCAAUGGGAGGUACCGGACACAGCUUCCGAGUGUGACUCCUUGAACUCUUCCAUCGGAAGGAAGCAGUCUCCUCCGUUGAGCCUGGAGAUAUACCAGACCUUGUCCUCUCGGAAGGUCUCACGGGAUGAAACCUCGCUGGAGGAUUCCUCCCGUGGGGAGUCUCCGGUCACAGCCGACCUCUCCAGGGGCUCCCCUGAUUGCACGGGGCUGACAGAAACCAAGAGUAUGAUCUUCAGCCCCGCCAGCAAGGUGUACAACGGCAUCCUGGAGAAGUCGUGUAGCAUGAACCAGCUCUCCAGCGGCGUCCCAGUGCCCAAGCCCCGCCACACGUCAUGCUCCUCGGCGGGCAAGGACAGCAAAGCGGCCCUGGAGGCCCCCGCUGUGGCCCUGAUGGGCAGCAUCCCGCACGACCUCUGUCACAACGGAGAGAAGAGCAAAAAGCCAUCCAAAAUCAAAAGCCUUUUUAAGAAGAAGUCCAAGUGACCAGGCAGACGCUGGGCCUCGCUCCACGCAGCAUCUGCACUUGUCCCGUGUCGUGUUCUCAUUUGAGGAAUGUAAACCAUGGGGGCUCUCCGGACCCACCCCCGUGGACUGUCCCUAAGGGCAGCUGUCUACUCUCUGCUUAUUUAAGUGACUAGAUCAUCGAUUUGUCAAGGCAGUCAUUAUCAAAAAAUCAUGCAGGACAGUUUACAGUCAUUUCUGCCUAUUUAUUUCUGCUUCGUUAUUAGUGAUGUAAAUACAGUGUUUUGUUGAGAGCCACUAUGGACUUCAGCUUUAAGGGACUGUGAGCCAGCAUGGGCUUGCAGGAGUUCCUGUUUACCAGAGCAUCUUCUUAUCUUUCCACAGAGCUUAUUUACAUCUGGACUAAAUAACUUAAAAUAAGUAAAACUAAUUGCACUACUGUUUUCCAGACUGGAAAAAAAAAAAUCCCUGCAAGUGAAACUGCAUAGAGUUUAUAAAAUGACUGUGGUAGGGGGCUGUUUUCACUUUUAGAUCAAAAUGAGUUUUUAAGUAGAACCUAGGGUUUCUAGAUUGACUUGAUUUCUGGAAAUGAAAACCCAUGCUUUUAUUAUGGGAAGCCUCUUUCAAUGCAUUUACUACUAUAAAGUUUCAAGUUCUGCUAUAAAGAUCGUGUUGUUUUGUUUUCCCCCAGGGCUUUCACUGUGAUUUACUGCAUUGCAGGCUGUAUGACAAAAUAUGAAUAAUUUAAAGAGAAAAGGCUCUUGCUUCCUUAUGCAAGUCAAAGAGUUGGAACUUGAUUGAAGGACUUAAAACAUUCACAAGUUUAAACUGAGGUGGGGGUUGUGGGGAGCCGGGCACUUGUUUACAGACUUUGAAGAACUGCAAAGGAUUUAUGGCUUGUGAACAAUUUGUACUGUGGAAAAGAGAAUAAAUUGGAGACGUUCUUGUGUGGGAUUGUGCUGAUUUUCGUUGAUAACACUCCACUCACAACCCUGUAUGUGUCCUGGAGGGCCGGGUAAGCUGUCGGAUUGCUAAAUUGCAAUAUAAGAAAACGGUGAUGUUUUGGAAGUAAGUUGUCAACAAAUUUCUUUCUAUUUUAUAUUGUUUGUCAUAUUUUUAUGUAGUUUGAACUGUUUAAAUGUUCUAAUAUCAAGAUUAACAAAUAUAAAUUUAUGGUGCAUUUAGAUUGUGUUGUUUUAAUUUGUGUAGCUCUGGGUUCAUUAAGCUGACAGGUUACAAGGGUAGCUUUUGCUGUGAAGAUCAAGUCACGGGGAGCAGCAGAGAGGAUUUUCAUGUUAACACCUGGGGGAGUUUCUGCUCAAACCACUUCUGAACCUCUAGUCACAAAGACGCAUGUGAAUGACUUUUGGGUGAACAACAGACGUGUGCGUGUCAGCCAGCUCGGUUUUCCAGCCUGCACACAUCUCCACUGCAGUGCCACCUGGGUCAGUGAACAUCCUGUUAGCAAAAGGGUUUCUUUCAGAUUGGCUUCAGAGAAACCCUGUAAGAAUAUGAGCAACUUCCUCAAGUCUCCUGUAAAUUGUGAUUGGUUUUUUUUCCUCCUGUUGAAAACUUAAGGUCCAGUGACGUUCAUUUAGGUUGAUAGUUUAGAUUUAACACAGGUGGAAUUGUUGGCUGAUUUAAACACAGUGGUGUUUGGGGCUAAUGAAAGGCAAAAUUGAGAAACAUAAGAAGGUGAAAACUCUUUGCAGAAAGAGUUGGAAAGUUUACAGUGAAGGAAAGCAUUGUCACCCUUUUCGUUCCCGGAAUGGAGAGAUUUUUGCCUUGAAAAUGCAAGGCAGAGGGGAACUUUGGGAUCUGCUGGACACAGAAGGCAAAAGCCACUGGGCUGCAGGGUGAGGCUGGGAGGACCAGCAGUCCACAGCUGGGGCCAGCUGCCCAAGGCUGCAGCUCCCACCCGGCGGCCCACCCAGCAGUGGGGAGAUGCCCUUGGGCCACUGUGGAUUUCAAGUCAGGGAGUCGUCACUGCCUUAACAUACUUGUGUAUGACUUUCUUGAGCACAUGCUUUAUAUUUGUAAUUUCACAGGAAAUAAUUGGGCUUUGGAAAGCGACACUAGUUUCUGUAUUUUAUGAAAUUUAUAUGUGAAUAGUUGGGCAUUUUUUAUAAAUUUUUUAAAUUACCCAUUUGUUAUUUUAACUUCAUGGUGUAUUCUUGGUCUUAAAAGGAAUAUCUAUCUUACUGUUACUAAGAGAUUAAUGACAGAGAUUUUAAGAAAACAAGCAGGUCACAAUCUGCUAUUCAAAAUAACUUUUGGUAACUUUUCAUAAUUUCAUAAUUUGGUAUUUUUGUGCUAGAUCUUUUUCUACAUAUUGGUGUAUAUUUUACAUACCUAAAAUCUUCUAUCUUGAAAUUUAUAUUAUGCUCGUUCAUUUAGUCCAAGCAUUUCUCCAACUUCAUUAAAGAUUUCAUGAGCACCAUUCUAAUGACUGUAUAAUAAUAUCAUUGUGUGAGCUUUAAACCAUUCUGUCAUUAAACAUCAGGCUGUUUA